UCGAAGCCAGUAGUCUCUUCUACGGCUACUCCAUUUCUCACGCCAAUUUCCUAGUUUUCCAGCUCGCUCGUUUUACUUCUCGAUUCACCGACUGAAAAUUCCACUCUGUCGCUUCUUUGUGCUGUUCUCAGCGUCCCUCACGCCUUCAAGCUCUCACUCGCAAUCCAUAUAUUCAAGCAAGCCUAGCCUGAUCACUCAAACCUCAGCGAUCCCUCUCCCACCAGCCGCCAUGGCCACGAUACGGUGGUCUCAACUAUACUCCCUCCUCACAGUCGCAGCCCUCGUUGCGACAGCGGUCGCAGCAAAUCCGUCUGCGACGCCGUCGAGCGCCGUCGCAGAGCAGCUCAAUUCCGCAGGCUUUUCCGGGUUCGUCAAGCUCCUCGAAUCCGCCGACUUGCUCCAAAUGGUCCACGACAAACUAAAGACAGGCGAUGUGACCCUCUUCGUCCCUACGAACGAGGCGCUCAUGUACCAGAUAUCCCCGGCCGUCCUCGCGUUCCUGAAAGCCCCGCGGAAUAAAGCCCUCCUCCGUCAGGUGCUUUUAUUCCACGUUGUCUCGGAGCAUAUCUCGGCUUUCCAGUGGGACGGGAAGCACACGUCCCUCGAGGGCUCCCCCGUGGAGCUCCGCAUGGAUGCGCUCGCGUUUUACGCGGCGAACAACCCGGUGAAGCAGUACAACGCGAUCACGCUCGAGGAGGGCGCGGUGGUGCACUCGAUCAAGGGGCUGCUCAUCCCGCCAACCGCGGAGAGCCUGCUCGUGAACAUCCAGAGCGACACUGACCAGGACGGGCGGCGAAUUCUGGGUGACGCCGCCACCGCCGCCGUCGCCGCUCCCCCGUCCGCAGCCCCGCCUCCCCCGCCCGUGGAUACCAAGCCCGUGCCCAGCAUGCCUCCCCCUGUUCCUUCUCCUCCUCCUCCGCCCUCGUACCCUUCCGGCCCGCCAAUGAAGCCGUCCGCAAGAUUCACCUCCGGCGUGCAAUGGAUCUCAACGGUGGGGGGAGCCAUGCUUCUGGCGCUCCUCUUGUAGUCAACGGUUCCGCCCUCGCGCGCUCAGGGCAUGUCGCUCCUGUAGCUUCAGCUUGUUCUCACCGCUUUCUGAUAAGAAAACCAGAAGGUCUUAGGCAGGAUGUCGCUUGGCCAUUUAACGGGCCUCGAAUUAAAGGUACGCAGGAGGAGCCCCAUGGACGCUUGAAGACUUUCCAUCGUUGCGGGCUUUUCUUCCCCUUUCACUUAGGUAGUGACAUAGGAGUACGUUGCGAUUGACUUCAGUGUAAUUGCGAUUGACAUAGGAGUUUCAGAUACUACCA